UCCACAUCAAGCAUGCCACCUCGAGCCACGGGAGGCUCUCAAUCGACUGUUCCUCCACGCAAGUGGAAGAAGCGGGCGGAUCGUAAUGAGGCGGCCUACAACCGCGCUGUUGAGCUCCUUGGUGAGGAGAAGGUUCAGGAAAUUCGACGCGAGUGGGAUUCUUGGGAAACGGAGUUUGGAGGGCGAGAAUGGGAGCAGUCAGAGGGAGUAAUUCUGCAACUCAUCCAACAAGGAUUGUCAGAGCGAGUUAUUCGUGCCAUUCUUCCUGUGGGUGGAAGUCGAGUCGCAAGAUUAAGGAAAGUUCUAAAGGAGGGAAUUGAUACCUUGCACACCCGUCGCAGUCGCGCGGCGCCGGUGCAUGCC